UUUCUAGGGGUUUCAUAACUUGUUUGAAUCGAACCGCGGUAAUCGUCAAGGUGUUUUGAGGCAGUUCUCAGUCGUCAUGGAGCGUAAGAUAAUUGACUUUGAGCAAGGAUGGGAGAAUAUACAAAUUGGUAUCACUUCGCUAAAACGGCAGUCUGAAGGUCUUCCUGUGUCUGAAUUGAUGACACCUCAGCGUGAUAUAGAACUUUACACGAUUGUAUACAACAUGUGCUAUCUGAAAUCUCCUAAUUACUCAUGGCAGCUUUAUCAAAAGUAUCGUGAAACAAUGGAGGAACAUAUGAACUCAACAGUCUUGCCUGCUUUCAAUGAGAAGCUUGGCGAUGAAUAUAUGCUGCUGCAGGAGCUGGUUGAAAGAUGGUCUAAGCAUAAAAAGUUGGUUAAAUCUGUUUGCCUUAUCUUUCGUUAUCUUAACAGGUACUUCAGUUUUAAUAGAUCCCUCCUAUCACUUGAAGAAGUUGGACUGGGAUGCUUCCGUGACCUGGUUUAUAACAAGCUGGAAUGCAAGAUUAGAGAAGCUGUAAUAGCACUAAUUGAUAAAGAGCGAGAAGGAGAAGAUAUUGAUAGGCAGCUAAUCAAACAAGUAUUAGAGUUUUACGUAGAGAUUGGAAUGGAAACAUACGAGGAAGAUUUUGAGAGCUUUAUGCUUAAAGAUACAGCGUCUUACUACUCCUGCAAGGCAUCAAAUUGGAUUCAAAAAGAUUCUAUUAAUGAUUAUCUUCUUAAAUUUGAAGAAUGUCUUAAAAAAGAAAAGGAGAGAGUGACUCAUUACCUUCACUUAAGCAGUGAGAUAAAACUGGUUAAGGUAGUAGAACAUGAGUUGAUUGUUGUGCAUGAAAAUCAGCUUCUAGAAAAAACUUUCUCAGAAAAGAAAAUCAGCGUGGGACCUACCGAAAAGAUAUUCAAGCAACAUGUCGCAGAAGAAGGUGGUAAAGACAAUGCUAUUAAUGAUCAGGCUGCAAGCGCCAAGGAACAGGUUCUUGUGAGAAAAGUGAUUGAGCUACAUGAAAAAUACAUGGUCACUGAGUGUUUCCAGAUACACACCCUCUUUUACAAGGCUUUGAAAAGGGCAUUUGAGAGUAUGCGUAGCAAAGCAGUCGCUGGAAGUGAUGAAUUACUGGCAACAUUUUGCGACAGAAUUAUAUUGAAGAAAUGGGGAAGUGAGGAGCUGAGUGAUGAAGAUAUUGAGAAAGUGGUCAUGUUCCUUGCUUAUAUAAGUGAUGAAAAGUAUCUUUUUGCAGAGUUUUACAGGAAGAAGCUGGCUCUUAGGCUCUUGUUGAAUCGCGGUGUUAGUGAUGAUCAUGAGAGAAGUAUUCUGACAAAGCUCAAGCAACAACAUGGUGGACAGUUCACUUUUAAGAUGGAGAGAAUGGUGACUGAUUUUACACUGUCAAGAGGAAACCAAAACAGCUUCAAGGAGUAUGUAGCAAAUAACUCUUUUGCAAGACCAGGGAUUGGUUUGACCGUCACGCUUCUUACCACCGGUAUUUGGCCAAGUUACAAAACGUUUGGCAUUAAUCUACCAAGUGAAAUGGUCAAGUGUGUUGAAGUUUUCAAAGACUUCUAUGAAAACAAAACUAAAGGUAGGAAACUUACAUGGAUCCAUUCACUAGGAACUUGUCACGUCAAUGGAAUGUUUGAUCAAAAGCCCAUUGAGUUGAUUGUGUCUACUCACCAGGCUGUUGUGCUUCUACUUUUCAACACAAGAGACAAACUCAUCUACAGUGACAUCAAAACUCAACUGAACGUAGCCCAUGAAGAUCUAGUGUGGUUGCUUCAUUCCUUGUCAUGUUGUAAAUACAAGAUCCUUACCAAGGAGCCAGCUACAGAGACUGUUUCCAGGGCUGAUGUUUUUGAAUUCAACUCAAAAUUCACUGCUAGAAUGUGCAGAGUAAAGAUCCCUCUCCCUCAUGUUGAUGACAGGAAGAAAGUCAUUGAAGAUGUCGAUAAAGACAGACGCUAUGCAAUUGAUGCUGCCAUUGUCAAGAUCAUGAAGGGAAAGAAAGCAUUGGGACAUCAACAACUUGUUUCUGAGUGUGUCGAGCAACUUAGCAGGAUGUUCAAGCCUGAUAUUAAAGCAAUUAAAAUACGUAUUGAGGAUUUAAUAACCAGAGACUAUUUGGAGAGGGACAGGGAGAAUCCUAACAUGUUUAGGUACUUGGCUUAGGGAACAAAGCAUAUAUCUGCUUGUAUAUUCCAUAUCAUGGCUUCUAUCUUUUUAACCCUUGUUUUUCAGUUCUGUUUUCCUGUUUUUCUUAAAACUCGGUUAUGCUAUUUAUUUGUUUCUUGGAAUGCAAUUGACCUUGUGGGUUUUGAUUCUUGGGAUGCAAUCAACUUCAUCAAAAAUAACGUCCAAC